AUGAGUGGGACAUCACAACCAGAAGACUAUUCAAGUGAUAGUAGCCCACCAGCAUAUCAUGAAGAUGGAUUAACAGUAAAGGCCUUGGCAUCUAACAUAGAGCAAGAGAUUUUUGCAAAGUUUCGUAAUCAAGCGAAAGAGAUGAUCAUGUCAGGCAUUGGAAGCUCAGCAUCAUUAAGCAAGCAAGACAUACAGAAAACCUCUAAAAGGGACGCUGAAGACCUGAAGGCGAAGCUACAGCCCUCCCUGGAUGAAUUAGAUAGAAGAACAACUCUAGCUAUAAAGCGAAUAGUGCGAGAAAAGUACUUCGCAGAUGUGAAAGAUCAAUAA